UGAGACAGUAGUCCACACAGACUGACUGAUAGACAGAGCUGCAGCUACUGAUCACUACGGAGUUUAUACAGCAGCCGGCCCUCUACCGAACACCACAUCAACAACCAUGUCUGCAGAGGGUCCAGGAGCCUCGGGAGCGGCGGGCGGCAACCGCAGGUUGCAGCAGACCCAGGCUCAAGUAGAUGAGGUGGUGGACAUCAUGCGGGUGAAUGUGGACAAGGUGUUGGAGCGAGACUCAAAGCUCUCCGAGUUGGACGACAGGGCAGAUGCUCUUCAGGCCGGAGCCUCUCAAUUUGAGACCAAUGCUGCCAAGCUCAAGAGGAAGUUCUGGUGGAAGAACUGCAAGAUGUGGGCCAUUUUGAUAGCUGUGAUCUUAAUCAUCAUUGUCAUCAUUAUCAUUUGGAGUACCUCCUAAAACAGCCAGAAAACGGGGAAGAAGGAAUGGCAUGACGGUUGUGACGAAGUGCGAGAAGUAUCAGCUGAUACUCUGAAAAGACAGACGGCGUGUUCUUCCCAAACUCUAAAGCUGUUCUAGCCUGCUGACGUUUGAAAGCAUAUUUUGUAAAGUAUCCUCAACUCUUGUUUUUUUAUGUUUUGGUUUUAAUGAUCCUGAAUUAAUUGCUGCCUCACAGGGCAAGACAAAUGCUUAAAACCUAACACAUCACUCAUUUUCUUGUUAUUUAACCCUUUACUUAAAACUAGUUUUCCACUACACUCCCUUCUCCUCCUCUUCCCAGUCACGCAUGCUGCACUGCCCUGGCCUGAAACUUUAAUGCUUAAGAAAAUAAGAUCUCAAAGUAGGUCUUUCCUCAGUUUGAUAAGGCUAAUGUGGAGCCUACAGAAGUAUAAGAAUGGUUAGAUGUGGCGUAGCAGUUGAAAAAUACUGACCAAAAAGUGGAGGAACGUGUGCCAAGCAUUUGACGACUAGUUAUGUAAAAAGUUUGCUUUAAAACCGUGGAGUCGUCUUCAGUUAUAUAGUUUAUAGUGCCUUACAGUUUUAUUGCCAGCACAGUUUAGAACCAUUCAGCCAUUUGAAGGCCUUAUUAGAACAAAACACACUCAAGUGCCAUUAAAACCAAGCAGUGCCUUAGAGAGUUACAUAGACACUGCCAGUAUAAUUCUCCCAGCUCCAAUCUGAUGGAGAGUUGCAUUCAAAUUACACUUCAUGCCUGCAUGUUUUUUUUUCUUAAUUAUUGCAUUAAAAUAAUUUUUUUUUUUAUUUGUGCCACACGUUUUACAAUAAUUCAUAAAACGACAAAGUUGAAAAAAAUCUAUUGCUUGCUUUGUUUAUUUGCUGUGUGUUGUAGUAAUCCAUAUAUCUGCUUUGCUUUAGCAUUUGUUAUUUUACUGAUAUCUCCAUACAGCAAACCAGCUGUAUGCUGGUUUUCUCCAUUGUCUGAUGCCAUACCUCUUUCUCACAGCGCCAAAACAAGAAGUGUGUUUAUUUGUGUGUGUGUGUGUGUGGUAUGACACAGUAUAUAUGUGAUGUGAUAUAUGUGCCUUCUUUGGAUUGUAUGUAAAUUGUAAACAAAUUGUACACAGUUCUAUAAGGUGGCCUUCCAAACUGAUAUGCUUAUUGGAUUUGCCAUUAUUGCAUUAAUAAAUAUGAAUUUAACAACCUAUGAA